AUGGCUGGCGGCGGUGGGAGCUGCUUGGACCUCUGGCGGGGCGAGAACGACGGGCUGGCGCGGCGCUGGCGGACGGUGACAAGUUCUCCAGGUCCUGACACUUCAGUGACGCAAACGGCUCACGAGUGCCAGCUUGCCUUCAACAAGCUGCUGCAGAAGAUCCAAGGGCUUCCAGCAGCACUCCCAGCUCUGCCACUGGAGCUGGCUAUCCUCUACAAUUCCCUGGUGUUUGAGAUCUGUCUCUCCGGAAACUCCGGCGAGAAACUAUUGGGAGUAAUAGAUCAUGGGCUGAGCAGGGUUCUAGAGGUCUGUGCAGUGUCUGGCCAAGGACUUGGCUCAGAGGGCCGCUGGCAGAGGGUGCUCCAGAAUACCCCUGAAGAACUUCACGCCCCUCUGCAUCGACUGGCUGCCCUGCAGGGGGUGCUGUGGCUUGCAGCAAACCACCUCACAACCGCGGAAGGCCUCCUUCAGCUUCUGAACGGCUCCAAGAGCCUGAGGCCUCCUCCUUGCCAUGGCCAUCAGAACGAUUUCCUUUUGCUGCUCCAGAUGUGGCAGCCACCUGACGUGGCAGAGUCUGACCCCCUCCUUGUGCAGAGUGUCCGAGAGUUGAAGGGCAUCCUGUGGACUUCGGCUGCCUUUCUGCACGGAGUUCAGGAACUGGAAGCCGGUGAUCUCCCUGCCGCUGUUGCCCUUCUCCAAACAGCUGCUACAGGGCUGUGUUCUAGGCGACGCCUUGCCCAGAUCUUCACCUUAAUGGGAUGCUGCAACCUGAAAAUGGACAAGCCACAGAUGGCAAUUCAGUGCCUGAAACGAGCCCUGCAGGUGGAUUUCACAUUCCUCCCUGCCCUGUACCAAGCGUCCCUGUUGUACCACCAGCUGGGGCUUCUGGAGGCUGAGCUGGAGGUCCUGGUGCUGCUGUCUCAGGCUCUGGAUGGUCCUGCACAGGUAACGGCAGAGCUUUCCAGUCCAUGUUUCCUGAUCCAAAUGGAGCUGCUCACCUGCGCAUCCCAACUGAGUAGCUUCUUUGUCAAGAACUGUCCGUCAGAUGUGAAAUAUUUGCUGGCACAAAGGAACCUCCAGGCGGGGAGGGUGAGUGAGGCAGUGGAGCACUACUUGGACCUCUUGGCUCUGUUCCAGGAAGAAGGGCCUCUUCACCAGGUGUCUCUGUGUGGUGAGCUGGCCUUGCCCAGGAUCCCCGAGGUCUUCUUAGAGGCUGCCUCUGCCCUGCAAGAGCUCGCCAGGCAUCGAGAUGCCAUUGCAGUGUGCGAAGAGGUGGCAACCCGAAUGAAUGGACUGAUCCCUGAGAGGCUGCAAAUUGAGCUGGACUUGUGGACUGCAGAGGACUUCCUGGGGCCUGCUGGGUCCUCACUGACAAAUUCUCCUGGCAACCUUGUGAAGCGGAAAAGGGAGAGCCUACGCUGCGUCCUUUGGCGAGCAGCUGCACAUUUGAUCCAGGGCUUGGCAUGGGCUGGGCUAGGAGAAGCCAAGGAAGCCAUAAGCCACUUGAGCAGGUGUCUUCAUGAUCUCCUGAGAGUUCAUUUUGUGACCACAGGCAGCAGUAGCAGCACUGGAAAGGAGACAGAGCAGAUGGGGCUGUCAGAAGCAAAGGUGCUUCCCCAAAUCAGGCAGCUGGCCCUGACUGGACGAGGGAUCCAGUUCCUGCAUCUGGGGCGGAAUAAAGAGGCUUUGGUGGAUUUCCAGCACAGCUUGCUUGUCUGUCCAGACAGGCCCUCUGCUAACUUGUACCUUACGCACACCCUCUGGAGGCUGGACCGAAGGCAGGAGGCAGCUGCCCACUGGCAGAAGCUCCAUGUGAACACUGCAGGCUUGGAGGAAGCGGAAGAAAGAUCCUUCCCGAUAUACCUGCAGCCAGGUAUGAGGCAGACAAAGUUCCCUCACAAAGAAUCCCUCGCCAAGAAUGUGGGAAGCUUCCUUGCGGGGAGCAGCCAGGGACCCUAGAGCUGCUGCUGCUGCUGCUGCCUCUCCUCUCCUCUGCCCUUGCCCAGCCCUUCUUCCAGACAGAUUCCUCAGCAGCUUUUCCAGGGCUCCGCUUUGCCUUUGGGAAGGGGAAUGUUUCAGUUGCAGUGACGACAGUGACCCUUGUCCUAGUGGAAAGGAUGUGGGGUUUUUUGCAGAAGCUCCAUGCGUCUUUGCUCCUGUAUGAUUCAAUUAUUUUUGAGAUUAUGUCCUUAGUGGAAAGAGGAAGCAAGCAAAGAGGGGUGACUCUGGUCCAGGUAUUUGUAAAACGAAACCCCACAGUAUUGUGAAAAUCUUCAGUUGCUCUUUUCUUUGCUGCAGGAAGGGGUGGGGAGGGGGUGCUUUCUUAACUGGCAAGAAAACAAACCAUUCCUGAGGUAGAAGCAAGCCUAGCUUUGUCCUUUUGCUGCCUCUUCCUUUG